AACACAGUUUCCGGAACAAUGUUAUCAGCGGGGGAGGAGGAAUCGAAUUGGCCAGGAAAAUAGCCUUACCGAGCAUCACGUGUGUCAACAUACCCCACUUUUGACGGAAGUGCUGAAUGAUCGGGUUAUGUAACUAUUCACUCCUCCCUAGGAACAAACGGCAAUGCAGUAAGAGGUAUAUUGGCGUAGUACCGCAACAGGAAGACGAUACAACCUAGGCGGCGAGAGACCGUGAACCCCAACUAGGGCGACACAUGGCCGGAGCCCACACCGCGCGAGUGCGCGCGCUCUACAAGCGGUUGCUGCGCCUCCAUCGCCGGUUGCCUAGCGACCUGCGCCUCCUGGGCGACCAAUACGUCAAGGACGAGUUCAGGAAGAACAAAGUGGCCGGUGCGUCGGAAACGGCGAGAUUCCUGGAGGAAUGGCAGGCAUAUGCAGAUAUACUACAGACACAGGUUAUGGAGAGUGCGAAGCAACCAAUGGAGAAGAUUCGAUAUGGAGCCAAUCUGACGGCAAAUAAAUUGCAAAGCUUUAAUGAACAACAAAUUGGACAACUAUAUGAACUGAUGCAGGAAGCCACAAAACCUAAUUAUGAACUCAGUACUGAAAAUGACCCCCAUCACAAGGAGUAAUUUAGCAAGUACCACAACAGGAAGAACACAAAAUACUAGAGAAUCGAAUCUUUCAUUUUCUUUCUGUUGUUAGAAAUAAUUUUCUUUUAGUAUCUUUUUCUAUAUGUAGCAGUGUUUAAUAAGGACACCAUUUUAACCCAAAAAACAUAACAUCAUAGUACUUAGGAACAGUAUGUAUUUCAGCAUAUUACUCAAAGAUAAAUAGGCUUCCAAUAAUAAAACCCUAAACAUUCAAACAAUUCUGUAAAACUGGCAAAACCAUUAGUUCAAUAUUGUAUAAAGAAACCUUUCUAUAUAUAGUAGAGAAAUGUUUUUUUGUGGCAUUUGAUGUACUUUUGCAAUUUGUAAUCUUGAAAGGAGUACAUAAUGAAUAAAUUUCAUUACAUUAUCUGUAGGUUAUUGAUGAUGGGAUUUAAUGAAGGCAGAUGUUGAAUGUCAAAGGAAGGUAGUUUGAAUGUGAAUCUGAAGGGCAUUUUUUUUUUGCAGAGUAUGAUUGGAUUCUGCAACAUGCUACCUGAACAGGUGAUGGGGCAGAUACUCUCAUGACAUUUCAGAAGCAUCAGGACAAGUGGUUUGAAUCACAACCAAAAAAGGCAACAGAACUAAUGCAAGUAAAUGUGAUUAAUGUCUAUGGGUACCACAAGAAGCAUGGAAAUGUUUGGCCAUGGUCCUGACUCUAACUCUUAUGAUUGUUUCAAUUAUGUUAUUUUGAUCUUAAAUAACUGCAGUGACAGAUUUCAUGGAUUUUAUUCCACUGGGAUGGAAUUAAAUGUAUUAACAUUUAAAAUGUUAGCCUCAAUGAUUAGGAGAAGGCUGGAGUUUCUGGGAGUGACCUGGAAGGUGCAGGAUAGAUACAUCCCAAAGAAGAGGAAGUAUUCUAAAGGCAGGAUGACAUAACCGUGGCUGACAAGGGAAUUCAAAGCCAACACAAAAGCAAAUGAGUGGGUGAAUAAUAGAGCAAAAAUUAGUUGGAAGUUAGAGGAUUGAGAAAUUUGUAAAAACCGACAAAGAGCAAUUAAAUAAACCAUAAGGGGGGAGAAAUGAAAUAUGAAGGUAAGCUAGACAAUAAUAUCAACCUGAUAUUAUUGGCUGAUCUCAGUAGUUGGGAAGAUGUUGGAAUCGGUUGGAAUUCUUUU